AUGGCUGACGACAGCACGGCCCCGCUGUUGAGCAGGGCCUCCACGAGUUCACGAGACACCUCAUAUUCGCACAAGCACCAUCAUCAACGACCAGAUUCACCUUCCUUUCAAUUAAGCUCCGAAUCAACUCCUCUUCUGCGACAUGAAGGUUCCAAUGGAGUAUCCUACGGGACCGAUAACCGAAGACGUUCAUCAGCAUCGUCAACGACCCACUCUAUUGAAGAUCAGACCAAGCAUCCGCGAAGCCGCCAAUGGCCUAUAGUCAUUGCAGUAACAUUUCUACUUGCUGCUGUUCUUUUAACUUUGAUGUUUGGUUUUGCAGCGCCGGCUGCAGUCAAGCAAUAUGCACAAGAAGCGGUGGUCUUCAAACCUCACCGAAUCGCCUUGGACUCGGCGACAUCAGAAGGCGUGUCCAUAAGGGUUCAAGGAGACUUUUCUCUCGACGGAUCGCGGGUAAAACACCCAUUUGUACGAAGUACGGGUAGAAUCGCAACAUGGAUUGCCAAGGAAGUCGAAACCGGCGAGACGCAAGUCAACGUCUAUCUGCCCGAAUAUGAUAAUGUCCUUCUUGGCCGCGCUUUUCUGCCCGCAGUCAAAAUCAACAUUAGAGAAGGGCAUUCGAACAUUAUCGACAUUGUGGCCAAUUUGCAAUCUGGAGAUGUGGCUGGUAUUCGCCAGGUUGCGGAUGACUGGAUGAACGGCCGACUUGCUCAACUCCGUGUGCAAGGUACCGCGGAUGUUACCAUCAGAUCUGGGAUUUUGAAGUUCGACAGUCAGGCAAUAACAGCUGAUUUAGCUUUUACUGGUAACCUUUGUCCUGCGCUAUCUGAAUAUUCAAUCACUGAUUUAAAGACAGAACAAGAUAUUCCCCACCUACCAUCUUUUAGCAUAGAUAAGCUGAACGUGCAUGAAAAUCCAUGGAAUCCUCAAGAUCCCGGAAUCUCUGUGGAGGUUGCUGUCAGCAUCUCAAAUGAUUAUGCGCUAUCUGUGGUUAUUCCUCCUUUAGGAUUCGACAUUCUUCUUCCGAAUUGCAUCCCCACUGAUCCGCAUAUCCUGGUCGCUAAUGUGACCACAGAAACCGUCAAUGUAGAGCCGGCGUUGCCUGCAGUCGUUGAUGUUAGUGGUAUCGUUCGGCGACUACCAUCAGAACUGACAAGGGUCUGUCCGGGAAAGAAGGACUCUCCUCUUGAUCUGAUCAUUUCGGCUUAUCUCAGAAAACAUAAGACCGUUAUUUACGUUCGCGGUGGCGAUCCGCCUUCUUCAUCAACCCCAACAUGGAUGGUAGAUUUGCUCAAGAGUGUUACCAUUCCAGUUCCAGUGACCGGUCACGAUUUCGGUCAAUUGAUCAAGAACUUCUCCAUGACGGACGUUCACUUCUCCCUACCUGAUCCAUUUGCGGAACCAAAUUCUCCCGAAGCACAACCCAAAGUGUCUGCAAUGGUAAAAGUAAUGGUUGAAUUACCCGAGGAAAUGAACUUUGACGUCGACAUUCCGCACGUUCGAGCAAAUGUCGACAUUUAUUAUGAAGGCGACCAAUUUGGCAUUCUCGAUCUGAGCGAGUGGCAGCCUUCCAAUGCAACCCGAAUUGAUGACCCAGACAGCACCCGUCCGUUGUUAUUGGUCACAUUUGAAAUCAAAGAUGGUCCAAUACAAGUCACCGACAGCAAUGUUUUUUCCGACGUAGUGCAGUCAAUAUUGUUCGGGAGCGAUCCCGUCGAGCUAGAUCUACAAGCGCUUGUAGAUGGAGAAUUAGCUACUACGUUGGGUCAAUUCAUUAUACAUGAUAUCCCGGCGCAAGGAACGAUAGAUGUCAAACCCCCGUUCGGAAGUUCCAUCGGAGGUUUGAUCAAGCCCAGACUUGAGUCUUUUGAAAUCUUGCAUACGACACCAUCGACAAUCUCUUUGCAAGCCACGGUCAACUUUACCAAUCCUACGCCGUAUUCUGCAAGCAUACCAUAUAUUGAUUGCUUGAUGCUAUUCAACGGAACCGCUCUUGCACAUGUGACGGGGCGUGCGUUGUCAGUUGUGCCAGGGGAUAACAUCGGAGUCGUUUUCGAGGCUUUAUGGAGUCCUCUGGCUGCUGGUGGGGAUAUUGGUAUAAUUGCAGGCCGUGAACUUCUUUCUAGCUACAUCUCGGGUUUCAAUACCACAGUGACACUACAAGCCCAUGAAGGUUCCCUGCCUGGUUUGCCUGAUAUAGGCAAAGCGUUGUCAGGUAUUAGUGUGGAAUUUAUGGUUCCAAAGAUGGGAGCACCUGGAGAUGAUGGCGAUGGCGAUGGCGAUGAUGACGAUGAUGAUGGCAGCCCGCAUUUCAUCAAGGAUGCAACUUUACAUCUCUGGUCCUCCACGGCGGUCUUCACCCUCAUAUCUCCUCUCAACCAUUCUACCUUAUAUAUCGACAAACUCGAUGCAAUAGCUUUAUAUAACCACACCGAACCCAUCGGACGAAUAGACUACGAUCUCCCCUUUGCUGUUCCUCCCGGUGAAUCCGAAACACCAAAAUUGCCCGUCACUCUUGACUUUGGUGGAGUUGGCUACGAUGCCGUUCGACGAGCUUUAGGGGGCACAUUAUUGAUGGAUGCAAAGGCCAAGGUUGGCAUUACGUUGGGCGAGUACUCAACGACGGUGUUUUAUCAGGGCAAAGGGAUUGGUGCGAAGAUUCAGAUUUAG